AUGUCGCGGGUAGGCGUUCGUGCCGUAACGCCGUGUCCACCCCGCGCGCUGCCGCGCAAGGGAUGGGCCACACGCUACCAACAUACGAAGGCACAUGCCUCUUCCUCACAUGCGAAACUGGGCGCCGCUGCUCCGACCCCGUCGACCUCGUCGUCCACCCACAGCCGCAGCAAUAGCGACACAUCGCCUUCUCCUAUCCGACCCUUCUGGCGUGCUGUAGCAUGGCUCCCCGUCAUUCUAUUCCUUACAGGACACGUUGUAAGUGUGGCCAAUGUGCGCGGAACAAGCAUGUCUCCUACGUUCAACCCCAUCGAGCCCGAAGAGAUUGUGCGACCGAGCCACAAGCCAACGACGGAUAUCGUUCUGCUCAAUCGGCUUGUUACUGCUUCCCGCGAUUUCAAGAAAGGCGACAUCGUUACAUUGUACUCACCCAGCGAUCCCAACAAAAUCAUCACCAAACGGAUCUUGGCCCUGGGCGGCGAUACCAUCCAUUUGUGGGUACCACGCGACGCAAACUUGGCCCCCACCUCGCGCAAGGGUUUGCCCGAUCACGUCGUAUCGUUGGCUUAUACCAAUAUUUACCAAAAUGCGUUGCAAGAGCUCGCACACGAAAUUGAGGACCAUGCGUCUGGCGCGUGGCUUAGCAUUACGAUUCCUCCGCAUUGCGCCUGGGUCGAAGGCGACGCGAGUGCACACAAGCCCAUCGUAGGCGAUCGACUGUACCCAGAGUCCAAGAGCCGCGAUAGUCGCGAGUUUGGGCCCGUACCGCUCGGUUUGAUAACAUCACGCGUAUCAUGCAUUCUAUGGCCGCCAUCGCGUUUUGGUCCGCCUGGUCCACGUCCUACGUAA